AUGGAGCCUUCCUUGCCACCAGAACCAGGGUUUCCUGCAGAAGAGAGCUCAGCUGCGCCGCACAAAAACCACCGUGUCCUGGUGGGUGUCACUGGAAGCGUGGCUGCCCUUAAGCUGCCUCUCCUUGUCGCUGAACUGCUGAAAAUCCCAGGGCUCGAAGUGAAAGUGGUCACUACUGAGAGCGCAAAACAUUUCUACAAUGCCCAGGAGAUUCCCGUCACACUCUACAGCGAUGAAGAUGAAUGGCAGAUGUGGAAAGGUCGUUCAGACCCAGUCCUGCACAUGGAGCUGAGGCGGUGGGCUGACCUUAUGUUGGUGGCACCUCUUGAUGCAAACACGCUGGCAAAGCUCGCAAAUGGCAUCUGUGACAACCUGCUGACUUGUGUCAUCCGUGCCUGGGAUCUGAGCAAACCUCUGCUCUUCUGCCCAGCUAUGAACACGGCCAUGUGGGAGCAUCCCCUCACAGCUCAGCAGGUGGAGCAGCUGAAAGGCUUUGGCUACACAGAGAUCCCCUGUGUGGUGAAGAAACUCGUGUGUGGAGAUGAAGGUCAAGGUGCCAUGGCAGAAGUGUGGACCAUUGUGGAGAGCGUGAAAAAGAUCCUUGAAGAACGAAACUUGCCGACGAAGAGCUGAUGGUUUGACGUGGAAAUUGUAUUUGUUUACCUCCCUGAUGAUCUGAAGAUAAAACCAACAGGAAGCUGAGUCAAGAUGGCACGCGUACCCAUAGCGUGCCCUUCAACUGAAGGAGUGAAACGGUUGUCUUCCAGCUGGUGCCAAACUGAAAUGUGGUACGUCACUGCAGAGUUUCCAAAACCAAAGCCAAGAACACGCUGCUUUAGUGUGGUGGGACAACUCUGUGGUGUCUCACAGGGAGCGAGCAACGUUCCUCUAGGCCACUCGGCCCCCAGUAUUUCACGUGCACUCC